AUGGCAGCUGCCACUCUACGGUCGCCCAACACACCGGGCUUGACAAUCAAGACUGACUUCGAGGGUUGUGAUAGCUUUCCAACAUACGUAGAUCCUUUUGAAGAUUCUGACGAAACCUUCAUCGACGAGGCCAGCAUGCCGUCUUCCGCCUCAUCCUCUUCCAGCCCUCUCAACCCCGGCCAGCGGCUGGUUGAGAAGGUCAGGGAAGAUCCAUCGAGACACGCUUCACCUCAACCCACCUCGGUCCAUGUCCCCACCCUUUCCAGGGCCAAUGGCGGCAAUGGCUAUAGAGUGAUGCGGUCGGCCACAGUAGGGUACAUCGCCCCCGAGUUCAAGGGCAAGCCGGAUCAAAUGAAGCAAGUCCGGGAAUUGAUCCUGAAGAAUGACUGGAUCCCUGAGACCCGUGUAGACGCCCAGAUUGCGUGGUUCUACAAUGACCUUGGCAUCGACGAUGUAUACUUCCAGCUCGAGACAACACCUGUCAUCGCAGACCACAUCACUGCCCUUUAUGCUGCCAAGGUGGCAGCCUACUCUCGCAAGGACAAGCGAGAAGAAAUUCGGCUAGAUAUGGAGGCCAGCGACCAUGCCAUCUACAUCGACACCAGCGAGCCUGGAAAGAGUGCCGUUGGAGGGCCUCGUUUCGAAACCAGGUUAGAGAACAAGUACUUGGAUGGUAACCUCACCGACCGUUUCCGCGUGGAGACCUUCCGAUCAUCGGGUGUAUUGGGUGACAAGGCCGAUGCCAAGGCUUCUUUGCGCUGUUACUUCGUCUACCAGUGUCAGUUUGUUGAUCCCAAAGCUGACCCCACCGAAACCCGCCUGGAGGUCAUCAGCGACCGCAUGUUCCUGGCCAAGGCAACAGACAACACGAAGCAGAUGUAUCGCGAGAUCAUCGAGGUCGCCGUCAGCCGGACGGGUCCAGUUAUUGAGGUGUUUGACCAUGCCGGAUCCCAGGAGAAGCGCCUUGUCGUGGCUUUCCGGUCACGCACAGCCAGAGGCAUGUUUAGUGCCCUCUCUGACCUAUACCACUACUAUGGUGUGACAAGUUCCCGGAAGUACGUCGAACAAUUUUCAAAUGGAAUAACAGUCAUGAGUAUAUACCUCAAACCUGCGACAAACCUCAGCGGCAACUACCCGUCUUUCGACCAAUCCAUCCACCAGAUCAUGAAGGAGACGUCGCUCUUGUACUGCAUCCCGCAGAACAAAUUGCACUCUCUCUUCACCUCAGGCCAAUUGAGUCUCCAAGAGGCUAUCUAUGGCCACUGUGUCUGGGUGUUCACCCAGCAUUUCUUGAACCGUCUUGGCUCGGAAUACGUAUCUCUUUCUGAAGCUCUCGAUAUCAGGAAGACUGCGCACCAAGAGAUUCUAUCCAAACUGAAGCGCCGGCUGAGGACUGAGACUUUCACACCCGACUACAUCCUAGAGAUCAUCGCCUCAUUUCCUCAGCUUGUACGAUCUCUGUACGCUUCUUUCGCCAAAGUGCAUCUCAGCGUUGGCCCAGAGUUUGAGCGACACACUAUCGACCCUACACCUGCCGUGGAGAUCCUGUCCGAUGAGCAAUUGAAGGCCCUCAUAACGAGAGAGGUCUCGACCGAUCAUGAGGAAAUGGUCUGGAAUGCGGCUCGGGCUUUCAACAACGCCAUCCUGAAGACCAAUUACUUCACUCCUACCAAGGUCGCCCUCAGCUUCCGCCUGGAUCCGGCCUUCCUGCCUGAGGUCGAAUAUCCCAAACGGCUGUUUGGGAUGUUCCUCGUUAUUUCAGCUGAGUCCCGUGGAUUCCAUCUGCGCUUCAAGGAUGUUGCCCGCGGUGGCAUCCGCAUUGUGAAGUCUCGCAGCAAGGAAGCGUACGCCAUCAACGCUCGUAAUAUGUUUGACGAGAACUACGGCCUGGCCAGUACUCAGCAGCGGAAGAACAAGGACAUUCCUGAAGGUGGCUCAAAGGGUGUGGUCUUGCUGGACCCCAAACAGCAAGACAAGGCUCAGGAAGCAUUCGAGAAAUACAUCGACAGCAUCCUGGAUCUGCUCCUUCCCGCCGAGACCCCCGGGAUCAAGAACCCUAUUGUCGACCUCUACGGCAAGCAGGAAAUCCUGUUCAUGGGUCCUGAUGAGAACACAGCCGAUCUCGUCGACUGGGCAACUGAGCACGCCCGAGCACGUGGUGCCCCCUGGUGGAAAUCGUUCUUCACCGGAAAGUCCCCCAGGCUGGGUGGUAUUCCUCACGACUCCUACGGCAUGACAACACUCAGCGUGCGUGAAUAUGUCAAGGGCAUCUACCGCAAGCUAGAGCUCGACCCAGGCACCGUCAAGAAGAUGCAGACUGGUGGCCCCGAUGGUGAUUUGGGAAGCAACGAGAUCCUGCUCAGCAACGAAAAGUACACUUCGAUCGUUGACGGCUCUGGUGUGCUUGUUGACCCCAACGGGCUCGACAAGCAGGAACUCAUCCGUUUGGCGAAGGAGCGCGUCAUGGUGUCUCACUAUGAUAUGUCCAAACUGUCCAAGGACGGUUACCGAGUGCUCUGUGAUGACUCUAAUAUCACACUGCCCAACGGCGAGUUUAUCGGAAACGGCACAUCCUUCCGCAACACAUAUCACCUCCGCAACACAGGUCUCACAGACAUGUUCGUCCCCUGUGGAGGUCGUCCGGAGUCGAUUGACCUCGUGAGUGUGGGCAAGAUCAUCAAGGAUGGCAAGUCGACAAUCCCAUACAUCGUCGAGGGUGCCAAUCUCUUCAUUACCCAGGACGCCAAGCUGCGUCUCGAAGAGGCCGGCUGCGUUGUCUUUAAGGACGCAAGUGCCAACAAGGGUGGUGUCACCUCGUCUUCCCUGGAAGUCCUGGCAUCUCUCAGCUUUGAUGAAGAGGGCUUCGUCCAGCACAUGUGCCACGAUGCCAGGGGUAACGCGCCGGAAUUUUACCGAUCAUACGUCAAGUCGGUCCAAGACAAAAUUCGCGAGAAUGCCAGACUCGAGUUCGAAGCCAUCUGGCGCGAGCACGAGGAGACCGGACUCUCCCGUUCCGUCCUGUCCGACAAACUGUCUGUCGCCAUCACCGACCUUGACGAGGAGCUGCAACACAGCGAUCUCUGGAAGAACACGCGCAUCCGCAAGGCCGUCCUGCGCGACGCCCUGCCACAGCUCCUGCUGGACAAGAUCGGCCUGGACACUGUCAUUGCACGGGUCCCUGACUCGUAUCUGUGUGCUAUUUUCGGCUCGUACCUGGCCAGUCGAUUCGUUUACGAAUUCGGCAGUCAGCCGAGCCAGUUCGCUUUCUACGACUUCAUGUCGAAGAGGAUGUCCAAGAUCGCUCAGGAUUAG